UGGAUGAUAGAGAGAGAGAGAGAGAGAGAGAAACAGAUUAGGAAAAAAAAACAAACAAGCAAAUAUAGACGACGAGCAUGCCACGCAUUGUUUGGGUGGGACAAUACAAACCUUUUGUUACCAAACCCAAUAUCCAUAUACAAAUCCAAAAUCCCCAAUCUUCUGUAUCACUUUCUUUUUCUAGAUAAUAUAGAUUUAUAGGAAGUGGGUUGUGUUUGGAGGAGGGUUGUGGAGGUGGGUUUUGAAUUUUGGAGAAUUUUGAUCGAAGAAAGUUAUGAAUAUGAUGACGAUGGAGGGUAUGAUGGAUAAGGGUGUGUUGGAGGAUAUAAUCAGGAGGUUGUUGGAGGGUAAGGGAGGGAAACAGGUGCAGCUGUCGGAGGGUGAGAUCCGUCAGCUCUGCGUCAACGCUCGCCAAAUCUUCCUCUCUCAGCCCAAUCUUCUUGAGCUGCAAGCACCCAUCAGGAUCUGUGGUGAUAUACAUGGACAAUACCAAGACCUACUGAGACUUUUUGAAUAUGGUGGAUUUCCUCCUGCUGCAAAUUACCUCUUUCUUGGCGAUUAUGUUGAUCGAGGAAAGCAAAGUUUGGAAACAAUAUGUUUGCUUUUGGCCUAUAAAAUAAGAUAUCCUAACAAAAUUUUCCUCCUAAGGGGAAAUCACGAAGACGCGAAGAUUAAUCGGAUUUACGGGUUUUAUGACGAAUGUAAAAGGAGAUUCAAUGUUCGGCUGUGGAAGAUAUUCACGGACUGCUUCAAUUGUUUGCCAGUUGCUGCCCUCAUUGAUGAAAAGAUACUUUGCAUGCACGGUGGACUUUCUCCAGAUUUGGAACGUUUGGAUCAAAUAAGGGAAGUUGAGAGGCCCACUGAAAUUCCAGAUAGUGGUUUCCUAUGUGAUCUACUCUGGUCUGAUCCCGACCCUAGGGUUGAGGGUUGGGCAGAUAGUGAUCGAGGUGUUUCAUGUACUUUUGGAGCUGACAAGGUGGAAGAGUUUUUGGAGAAGAAUGACUUGGACCUCAUUUGCCGUGGUCAUCAGGUGGUGGAGGAUGGAUAUGAAUUUUUUGCUAAACGAAGGCUAGUCACGAUAUUCUCAGCUCCAAACUAUGGUGGGGAGUUUGAUAAUGUAGGUGCUCUAUUGAGUGUUGACGAAUCCCUAGUGUGCUCUUUUGAGAUAAUAAAACCAAUUAUACCAAGCGGCGGUCCUAAGGUGAUCCUUAAAAAGCCCCCUAAGAUUGGAAAUUGAAGAUCACAUUCAGUCGGUAAGAAAGAACGGUAAGCUCGGUUCUGCUAGUAAUGAAUGUUUCUGCUGGUAGCCGGGUUAUUUUUUUUGCGAAGAAGCUGAUCCAUUUAACCUGUGGAAAAUGAGAUUAUCAUGAGAUUGAAGUUUGCAGAGAGUUUGAAAAUGCAAUUAGAAAAAUUUCGAAAGAUCCGUAAAUCUGCAACAACAUGAAAAUCUUCUGUGCAGGAACCAAGCUUUUCUCUUCUCUUUUGGUUUGCUUUAGACACCGUCUGUUUGCGCGAGGUGUAUCCAGUAAUCAGCAUUUAAUUUGCUGAUUAAAGGAUGUGCCCGUGAUAAUUAAAUUUUUUUCUUUUAAUGUUUAUAUCUUUGUAUAUUGGUUGUGAUGUUUUGAUGAAGCUUGUUUUGUAUCUUUUAAUCUAGAGUUGGCUUAGCAACCCCAUUGCAAUGCUUAUGAAAACAAUUUCCAAAA